CAGAAUGCAAAGUCUGGCGAAAUCCUUUAAAUCUGUUCAGAGGAGCUGAAUAUAAUCGGUAUACAUGGGUAACUGGAAGAGAACCUUUGACUUACUACGAUAUGAAUCUUUCAGCACAGGACCAUCAGACAUUCUUUACAUGUGACACAGAUCAUUUACGGCCUGCAGAUGCUAUAAUGCAAAAAGCCUGGAGAGAGAGAAACCCUCAAGCCCGAAUUUCUGCAGCUCAUGAAGCUUUGGAAUUGAAUGAGUGUGCUACUGCCUAUAUUCUCUUGGCUGAAGAGGAAGCAACAACAAUUGUAGAAGCAGAGAAACUGUUCAAGCAGGCUCUGAAAGCUGGAGAGGGCUGUUACAGGCGCAGUCAGCAGUUACAGCACCAUGGUGCCCAGUACGAAGCCCAACACAGAAGGGACACCAAUGUGUUAGUUUAUAUUAAGAGGAGGCUGGCAAUGUGUGCAAGAAAGCUGGGAAGGACCAGGGAAGCGGUGAAAAUGAUGAGAGAUUUGAUGAAGGAGUUUCCUCUGCUCAGCAUGUUCAACAUCCAUGAAAACCUACUAGAGGCUUUGUUGGAACUGCAGGCGUAUGCAGAUGUCCAGGCAGUCUUAGCAAAGUAUGAUGACAUAAGCUUACCAAAAUCAGCAACAAUAUGUUACACAGCUGCAUUGCUCAAAGCCAGAGCUGUCUCUGACAAAUUUUCUCCAGAGGCUGCCUCAAGGCGAGGGCUGAGUACUGCAGAGAUGAAUGCAGUAGAAGCUAUUCACAGAGCAGUAGAAUUUAAUCCACAUGUGCCAAAAUAUCUACUAGAAAUGAAAAGCUUAAUUCUGCCCCCUGAACAUAUUCUGAAGAGAGGGGACAGUGAAGCAAUAGCAUAUGCUUUCUUUCAUCUUCAACACUGGAAAAGAGUAGAGGGGGCAUUGAAUCUCUUACACUGUACAUGGGAAGGCACUUUCAGAAUGAUCCCCUAUCCACUGGAAAAAGGACAUCUUUUCUACCCUUACCCUAUUUGUACAGAAACUGCAGAUAGAGAACUACUACCAUCAUUUCAUGAAGUUUCAGUUUACCCCAAGAAAGAGCUUCCCUUCUUCAUCCUCUUCACUGCUGGAUUAUGUUCCUUCACAGCCAUGCUAGCCCUCCUGACACACCAGUUCCCAGAGCUUAUGGGGGUCUUCGCAAAAGCUUUUCUCAGCACCCUCUUUGCCCCUUUAAAUUUUGUGAUGGAAAAAGUAGAAAGUAUCCUGCCCUCCAGUCUGUGGCACCAGCUGACGAGGAUCUGAGGGAGCACGCCCGCUGACUGACUGCCAUGACAUCUUCUGUGCCAACUUUUGUUGACGACAAGAAAGCAUGAUAAAAAAGGGAAGCAGUUCUAAGACUUAACUCUUCAUGGAUUGUCUGUUCUCAUAUAAAAACUGUUUUUGUUGUACAAAAUACAUUGAUGUUAGGUUCUAUUAUAUUUUGCCUUCAGAAGAGAAAAACUUAAAAAUAAACUUUUGUGUAUUGCA